CAAAGGCCUUGCGGGGCUGGAGCAGGUCGUUCCGUUGAUUGGCUGGCUGCCACCCCGGCCAAGCGACGAUUGGUCAGCGGCGAGUCAGACCUUAGGCUUUUAGGUCCAAACUCCAGCUGGACUGACGCCUCCGGGGAGACAUGGCUGGGCGCGUUGUUGCUUUGCCGGCCCAGGCAGCUGUGCUCCUGUUCUUUUUCGCCUCCGUCUCCGAAUCCACCGGCCCUAGGAGCAGGGAAAUUCGGGGGGCGUCGCGGAUCCCUUCCCAGUUCAGCGAGGAGGAGCGCGUCACUAUUAAAGAGGCGCUGAAAGGCGCCAUCCAGAUUCCCACAGUGUCUUUCAGCCCAGAGGAAUCCAACACCACAGCCCUCACCGAGUUUGGAGAAUACAUCCGCCAAGCCUUCCCUACAGUGUUCCGCAGCAGCCUCAUCCGACAUGAAGUCGUGGAAGAAUACAGCCACCUGUUCACUGUGCGAGGCUCGGACUCCAGUUUGCAGCCCUACAUGCUGAUGGCUCACACUGAUGUGGUUCCCGCCUCUGAAGAAGGAUGGGAGGUGCCCCCGUUCUCAGGCCUGGAACGUGACGGCUUCAUCCAUGGCCGGGGCACGCUGGACAACAAAAACUCUGUGAUGGCCAUCCUGCAGGCCUUGGAGCUCCUGUUGAUCAGAAAGUACACUCCCAAAAGAUCUUUCUUCAUCGCUUUGGGCCAUGAUGAGGAGGUGUAUGGGACAAAGGGGGCUCAAAAGAUAUCAGCACUCCUGCAGUCAAGGGGUGUUCGGCUGGCCUUCCUUGUGGACGAAGGGAGCUUUAUUUUGGAAGAUUUCAUUCCGAAACUCAAGAAGCCCGUUGCCAUGAUUUCAGUCGUAGAGAAGGGUGCUCUUGACCUCAUGCUGCAAGUAAACAUGACUCCGGGCCACUCCUCAGCUCCCCCAAAGGAGACAAGCAUCGGCAUCCUCUCCGCUGCCAUCAGCCGACUGGAGCAGACACCAAUGCCGAACAUGUUUGGAAGAGGACCAUUGAAGAAGACAUUGAGUCUACUGGCGAAUGAGUUCUCCUUCCCUACCAACAUAGUCCUGAGAAACCUGUGGCUGUUCCGUCCCAUCGUAAGCAGGCUAAUGGAGAGGAAUCAUAUAACCAAUGCAUUGGUCAGAACCACGACAGCCCUCACCAUGUUCAACGCGGGAAUCAAGGUGAACGUCAUCCCCCCAUUGGCUCAGGCUACAAUCAACUUCCGAAUUCACCCUUCGCAGACAGUACAUGAGGUCUUAGAGCAUGUCAAGAGCAUCAUGGCCGAUGACCGAAUCGAGCUGCGUGUGUUGAGAUCUGCUGAGCCCCUACCCAUCAGCCCCUCUGAUGCCCAGGCCUUUGGCUACCAGCUGCUUCAACAGACCGUACAGUCCGUCUUCCCGGAAGUCAAUAUUGUUGUUCCUGGUAUUUGCAUUGCCAAUACAGAUAGCCGAUACUAUGCCAACCUCACCAACGGCAUCUACCUGUUCAACCCCCUUUUCCUGCAGCCUCAGGACUUCCGUAGCAUCCAUGGAGUCAAUGAGAGAAUUUCAGUUCAGAACUACCAGAACCAGGUGAAGUUCAUCUUUGAGUUGAUACAAAAUGCUGACACCUACACAGAGCCAGCACCUCAUCUGCAUGAACUGUGAGGCGAGGAUUCAGCUGGGUGAGGGGCGCCCAGCCCUAGGCCGGACUAACCUAAGGGGAGCUAGAGCUGGUGCUGAUGAAAGGUUUCGUGG